CACUGACAGUCCCAAGGGAAACAGAGGAUAGACAGGGAGAGGGCAGGAUCCACCAGCUCUCACUCAGCAUAUUUCUCCAGGAAGCCCCAGGAGUCCAGAAGAGGAGCUGCCACUUAGGACACUGUCUCCUUUGCAAAGGAUCUAUUAGUACAACAUAUAUUACAUGAACACAUAUGAAUAUUUUCCCUUUCCAGGAAGGAAGGACAGAAAGUGAAAGAGGAAAGAGACUGCGAUCUCCAGAGUGCUAUAGUGAUUUUUCAUGUAAUCAAUACUGUAAAAUAUCCCCAGGUCUUUCUGCUGGAUUGUAACUCAGAGGACAGCUGAUCAGUUGCGGCAUGUGUACUUCACCUGCGGGGAAGCCAGGCACCGGGCAGCAGCCCGUGGCACGGUGAUAACCCUGCUCUGAUGCCAUUUCGGAUGUCCCAGUGAGAACUCUUAGAGAUGCCUAUUCUCUCCAGAGGCAGUGACCAAGACUAUAGUAACGUUAGCUACACUUCUUGUAAUUCCUUGACCCACUUCUUUCCUGUCUCCGUUGAAACCCCUUCUGUCAAAGGGGUCCAUUACCAAAGAGCCAGGAGGAUUUACCAUCCUGAUCAAGUCUCUGCAGUCGAUCUAAAGACAGAGAUCAUGAUAAAUGUUGGAGGCAUCAAGUACCUGCUACCUUGGAGUACUUUAGAUGAAUUUCCCCUGACUAGACUGAGCAAACUUAAGUUUUGCAGCAGCUACGAAGAAAUAAUUCAGCUGUGUGAUGAUUACGAUGAAGACACCCACGAGUUCUUCUUUGACAGGAACCCCAAUGCUUUUGGGAUGAUUGUCAGCUUUCUAGCAGCAGGGAAGCUGAUGCUCUUAAGCGACAUGUGUGCCUUGUCUUUUCAGGAGGAGCUAAGAUACUGGGGGAUUGAGGAAUCCAACCUGGAGAACUGCUGCUUUCGAAAACUAUUUCAAAAACUGCAGGAGUUGGCCGAGGUACGCAAAGAAGAGGAGCUUCGGAGGAGCAAAGAAGCUACAUGUGUCUUGGAUGAGAAAACCAAAUUUGGACAGUUUAUGAACAGACUCAGAGAUAUGGUAGAAAAUCCCCAGUCAGGACUCCCAGGCAAAGUCUUUGCUUGUCUCUCCAUUCUCUUUGUGGCCACCACAGCUAUAAGCCUUUGUGUUAGCACAAUGCCAGACUUAAGAGCUGAAGAAGACAGGGGCGAGUGCUCCCAGAAGUGCUAUUACAUCUUCGUCAUAGAGACCAUAUGUGUGGCUUGGUUUUCCCUGGAGUUCUGCCUCCGAUUCAUUCAGGCAAGGAGCAAGUGUCAGUUCUUCAAAGGACCCCUAAAUAUAAUUGAUUUCGUGGCUAUUUCACCCUAUUACGUUUCCCUCAUCUUCUCAGAAGAUGACUCAAACGAGGAGGAUGACAGGCCAAGCAGCAACACAUAUUUGGAGAAGGUUGGUUUGGUGCUACGGGUUUUACGUGCCUUGAGGAUCUUGUAUGUAAUGCGCCUUGCCCGACACUCCUUGGGCUUGCAGACUUUGGGCCUCACAGUUCGGAGGUGCACACGGGAAUUUGGCCUGCUUUUACUCUUCCUAUGCGUGGCUGUCACUCUGUUUUCUCCUUUGGUCUAUCUUGCCGAGAAUGAAUCUGGGAAGGUGCUUGAAUUUACAAGCAUACCUGCUUCUUACUGGUGGGCUAUCAUUUCAAUGACCACUGUGGGGUAUGGAGAUAUGGUACCACGGAGCGUCCCAGGCCAGAUGGUGGCUCUCAGCAGCAUCCUCAGUGGGAUUCUCAUCAUGUCUUUUCCUGCAACAUCAAUAUUCCACACUUUCUCCCAUUCCUACUCGGAGUUGAGAAAGGAACAUGAACGACUACAGUCUCGGCUAAACAGAGUAAAAAAUGCCAAUCACUCUGGUGAAAGUGACACCUUCAAUGAGACAGACAGCUUGAUCCUGGAGGAUCAAGCAUCACCAAUCAAAUACAUUUACACAGGGAACUAAGCCUCGUUGUAAAGCAUUCCCAAGAACAGGAAUAGAAAUAUACACGUAUGUACGUCAACAAAACAGACAAAGCCAAGCAACAACAUAGGUUAUGACGCUAUUCUUUUCUGCCAGCAUAGGUAUAAUAAGCAGUCAAGCCAACACAGCAAGCUCCAACGCAUAAUGGAACUGGAGGUUUUGAGAAUGUCAAAAGUCAGAGUUUAUUCAAUAAUAUAUAUUAAUUCUUCUCUAUGACUAAUAAGAAUAAACUUUGUCUCUGCCAGUCGUGUAUCUUGCUGAAUACCUAAUACUGAACAAGUAACAAACAAAACAGCUUCUUGUUAUUUUAUUUGCCUUUGAGUUCCCAAUGCUCUUGCAAUUAAUAUCUUCAGCCAAGCAUUAGAAUGCAUUCUUUCAGGGCUACGCACCAGUGUUGUUUAUACAAUGCUCAUCUACCAGGCAUACAGAAGAAGCCUUGAUACAAAUCUGAAUUCUGUAUCUAAAGCCACUAAUAAGCUUAAAAUAAAAGCACUGUAUGUGAAAGCUUUUGAAGUUCGCCUGUAGCCAGACAAUCAAUCUAUAAAUAACAAAUUGCACUGCUAUUGUAUAAAACACAUAGUCUUUGCAAGAGAAUUUGCUUGAAACGCAGUUGCGGUCUGCAAACUGUAAACAUUUCAUACUAGAUAGCAAAAAUUUUCAAACUUCUUUUUCAUAUACUUAUUUAAAAUAAUAAUGAGGAAUAAAAAAACCCAAGCUUAUUGACCAUACUAAAAAGAGUUGGUGUUAUCUUUUUCACUGAAUGGUGAUGGCUCCUCUGGAAGAAAGAUGAAAAAUUAUUCAAAGUUAGUUAUUGAAAAUGAGAUGAUAGCUCAGGAGUAUCCAAAGGUAUAAAUAGUAAAGAAUGAGGUGAGUGAUUGCCGGAGAGGCAGUGGGAGUAAUUUCCUAAUGCAAAUGGAAGGUGUCCCUUUUGGGAUAUCCAAGUAUAGCCAGAAGAAAGUGAUAGGACUACACAGAAGUCAACAAUGCUACUUCAUGGGAUAGUCUAGAUGAUCUUUUACAAUUUCUUUUACCUUUACCUGUGAAUGCAGUUAGUGAAAACCAACACCAAGACAUGAAGGCCAGCUCUGUGCAAACCCCUGUGUGUUGAGGGCCUGUGUCAGCUCACAUCAGGUCCUCAGUUUGUAAGCAGUCCUGCUGGUACCCACAGAACUUUGACACGCUGAACGUUGGGCAUGUAUUUAAGUACUGAGAUGAAUCAAAGCCUAAAUUAUUUUUUAAUCAGAUUUUCAGCUUUCAUUAUUCCAUUUCUUAAAUCUUACCAAGGUCCCCAUGACUUUGUGAUGGAGCAAAGCUCCGUGAAGGGACCAUUCAGUUCCAGUUUUCAGCAGGCACCAUUCUUGCACAGUACGGUGCAGUUUGGAGCCCAGGGGGUACUUUCAGGCGUCGUGACCGGUCUCCCACGUGGACGUACAAACACAGUCACUUGCAGAGUUAUGCAACUUCAUGCAGGCAUUUGGGAGUUUCGGUUUUUAGAUACUAUCCUCACUGUGCUGCAUAGCUUAAGUACAGAAAAGCACAGUUGUUGGCACAAUUUGGAUCACGUGACUCAAAUUAAUCUCUUGGAUUUAUCUUGCUAUUGACCCUAUGAUUUAAACCAGAGAAACUGUAGCGGAUUAUAUAUGGGAUGUUCCAACAUAACCGAACAAGUCGACACUAGAUGACAGGCGUUUAUAUUUGCCACAUAAAGGAUGGAAUUUCUGCUGGUUUAUGCAUAGGUGUAUCUGAUUUUUUAUUUUCAUUUUUCGCAAUUAGCAUUUAUUUUUUGCCAGCAAUUCUCUACAGUAGGACUACUUAGAUGGUACACCAGACAAAAUCCAACCCCAAACUCGACCAUGACCCAGACCUCUCCAGGGUCCUAUGCAUGGUAAUGCCACCUGCAUUUCUCUGGGAGAGUCUGUAUUUCUUUACAGUUAUUCCAGUUUCUUAGGAAAAAAAAUUGCACACUGCCACAAUACCCAGCACAGUCCACUUCUGCCCCUCUGGCCUGGCAGAGCCAAAGACAGUGCUUGCUCCCUGCUGACUGAUGCCUGCUAGAACACGUGUCCUGAUGCAGAAAAGCCACAUCUUUUAGAAGGUAUUUCUCCCCACAGACACACACUUUGGAAAUAUAAACAAUUAGGUAGUGCAACUGAUUUGCUGCUUCUAAUUAACAGUCUUUUUGCUAGUUCAGGAGUUAGUUGAACAGGGUCCCACAGAAAAUUAGCCCAGCCACAUUGUUCUAAACAUGUAGAUAGCUGGAAAAAUAUUGCGGCUUUUACUGCCCAAGUACUUAUAACACCAACAGGUUCUGUGAUGUAGGCGGGGUUGUGGAUAUAACAUGCACCCAAAUUCACAGCAAUCCAGACCUUGACUCACUCAAGCAUUUAAGUUUGUGUAAGUUCUUCCAAAACACAAUGCAAGAAUGUGCUGAAACACGGAGGUAAAGCGAACAAACAA